AUGGAAGUACGCCUUUUUAAUCGUACCAUCUACCUCUUCAUCCUCGUGGAUAUUGAUUGGGUCCCAGCUGGCGUCAUCACCGAAUACUACGCAAUGCUUAUCCUCGAAGUGACCGUCAUCCUCCUGUCCGUCCUCGUCAAGACGGUCGCCCUACAAGCCCAACUCCGUUCCGGGUCCCUCCAUCGAAAUAUGCUACGCCUUUGGCAGUACGCAACUAUCAUGGAAAACGCGAUGAACGCCUCGCAGUUCUUUUUAAUUCUGGUUCAGCUGAAGUAUAUCCCGACGCUGGUCUGCUGGCCGCUGGACCUGUUCCUGUUGUCGUGCUCCUUCUUGCGCUGCACCAUGCUCCAAUCCAGAACAUUCCUACUUGCUUGUUUCGUUGGUGAACGUGCUUUGGCCCUCUACUUCAUGAAGGACUAUGAGAAGAAGCCACGGCCCUGGAUUUGGGUCUUCAUCGCGUUCGCCCAUUUCUCGGCUACGUUCUGCUACGGAUUCUCGGUGCAUUACUUCCUCUUUGACCUCGUUGCCACUCAAAUCUUCAUGUACUGCUUCCUGACGGUGGUCCUCGUUUUUACCGGGCUGUUCUACCACCUGGUCCGACUGAGCAAUCGGCUAGUCGUUACGGUUGAUGACAGUAUGGCCUACAAAGAAUAUCGCCUCAGCAUCCGCUUUCAGGCCGACACCUUCUGCUGCUGCCUCCACAUCCAGCCUCGCUCCCCAUCCACCGAAUCUGUCGUCAAAAACAGCGAUCACCCCGAGGGGGACGUCUACUUUGACCAGUUCAAGAAUGCCUGGGCU